AUGGAGACAUAUUUGCUAGUCGCCAUCGCUUUGGCCGUGGUCUUUCUUGUCAACCACAAAUCCUCUCCCAAGGUUCCCUCUACUAUACCACGACUACAAGAUUCAUCCCCGUUUCUUCCAUUCAAGCUUUACUGGCGUUAUCUCACUGAUUGCCGUAGACUCUUUCUCGAAGCAUAUCAAGAAUUCACCAAAGAUGGAAAAACAUGUGUUUUGCCAAGUAUGGGCUUCAAAGAUGAAAUCCAUCUAGCACAUCACCAUACCCAAUGGGCAGCUUCUCAGCCAGAUGGCGUACUCAGUCCCUUUGAAGGAUUUCGUGAAAUCGACAAAGGGGAUUGGAACUCUGGCCACGCCAGCUACAUCCAAGAUCCGUGGCAGAGUGUCGUUAUCAAAAAGGAGAUGGGUCGUUUCCUAGAGAUACUCGCUUCUGAUGUGGAUGAUGAGCUGAAAACUGCUGUACCUGAAUAUGUGAAGCCUGGACCAAACGGCGAGGUUGAUGUCUAUGAAUCCAUGAAAUGGAUUGUAGCUCAAGUCUCCAGCCGCUUCACUGUUGGCCUUUCUCUCUGCCGUGACAAGACAUAUCUAAAGGACACUCUCGAGUUUGCAGACUUGUUCAUCUUGAACUCUGGUCUUUUGAUUUACACCCCUUCACUCCUCAAACCACUCGUUGGAUUUUUCAUCACUUUACCAACGAGGUACAACCGGUGGAAAAUCCAAAAGCACAUUCAACCUCUCUAUGAGGAGCGCGCCAAACGUUUGUUGAACCCUGAGCUCUAUGAAAAGAGUGAAGAGCCAACAGAUAACCUGCAAAUGAUGAUGAAAUAUGCCAUCGACAAGCACCGUGACCAGGUCACUCUUUCUCAGAUCUCUAACAGACUAUGUCUUGCGAAUCUUGCUUCAUUCCAUCAGACUGCUGUUGCGACUAGCAAUGUCUUGAUCAACAUCGCUGCAUCAAACGCAGAGUUCAACACCAUUGAAGUCAUCCGGAAGGAAAUGGCAGAUGUUCUUGGUGAAAAUGGCGUAUUUGACAAAGCCUCUGUGUCAAAGAUGGUUCAAACCGACAGCAUUCUGCGAGAGUCGAUGAGGACACAUGGUUUUGGAAACAGAGCCAUGAUCCGCAAGGUUGUUUCACCGGAUGGGCUAAAGACACCAGACGGCCAAACCCUACCCAACGGCUCAACAAUGUCUAUCCUUUCUUAUCCCGUCCACAAUGACCCAACCAUCUAUGAGCACCCUGAAAAGUUCCACCCCUUCCGCUUCUCUCAGAUGAGAAGUGAAGGAAACGGUGCAAACCUCUCAUUCGUGUCAACAUCUCCUACAUAUCUACCUUUCGGCCACGGAAAGCAUGCUUGUCCGGGACGUUUUCUAGUUGACUUUGAGAUGAAGAUGAUUUUGCAUCACGUCUUGAAGGAAUAUGAUAUUGAGCUUCUUCCUGAGCAUAACGGUGUGCGACCUGAGAGUCACUGGAUAACAGAGGCUGUUAUGCCGCCUGUGGGAGUCAAGUUGCGAUUUAAAAAGCGAGAGCUUGCAUGA